AUGGCGGUCAUGGCGGUCAUGGCGGUCAUGGUGCUCGACUUGGCGCUCCUUGCCGGAUCUCUUCCUCUUGGAUCGGUCAGCUUCGAGGAGCGGUUCUUGAUCUGGCGCGAGGCUGCGCGGAAGCGGCCCGUGGAGAACCGCCCACGUUACAUUGCAUGCACAGAGGCGGCCUCAAUCCGUGCAGCGACUUGUCGCCGACUGCUUCGGACAUGGCCAGGAGGCCCCGUGGACGAUUUCCGUUGUGUAGUGGGCGGCCUCAGCGGCUUCGAUUGUUUGGAGGCUUUGGUGAAAGCUAAGGUCGCUGUUCGGAAGCUCACGCUUUUCGACCUCAACCCAAUGCAACUGCUCUAUGGCGAACUGAUGCUGGAACUUGUGGGCUUGGCACCUUCUCGCGAUGCCUUCCUCGCGUCGCUUUUCGGGCGCUCGGAGCACAAGUUUGGGCGAGUGCUGGGAGUUUCGAACAUGAUGGACUUUCUUGACCUGCCCGUGGACAGCUCACUCUUGUGCUCGAUGCAGCUGCCGGAGAGAUUGCGAGGACUCUAUGCCACGGUGGUUGGGUGCAUCUCCGAGCCAAGUGGCUGGCCCGUGGCUUGGCCAUCCUUUGGGCAGCGCGAGCUGAUUCCCAAGAGGCGAAUGGCUCCAGUGUCCCUCACGAAAUCUGAAAGGCGACUUGGUGGUCAGAAGAACGAGGCUUUCCACAUCAACGAGGAAGGCUGGCUCAAGGAUGAGAGCAGUUACCGUCGAGUCCGUGCCUUGUUGAUGGACCUCCGAGCUUCGGGAUCAGUGUCCUUCGAGUUGAUGAACCUCAAGGACGUGAGUCCUGCGGAUGGGCAGUCAGUGCUCUUCAUCUCCAACAUCGAUGGCUCGCCGCAAUUCCUGGCCGAUUCAGCCCUGGACACCGUGCGCGAGGGCCUCAUCAAGGGAAGUGGUGGGACGCUGCUGCUAUCUACCCGGCGGGCUGAAUGGCUGACGGAGGACAGUCGCAUUGAAGAAGGUGAAACGAAGCAGCAAGGUUGA